AUGGGAGCAGUGUUGACCCCUCUGGAGAAGCUAGUGGUCUUGAGUGCAUGGUUAAGUGCUGCCAUUGUGUCAAUAUCUCCAUUCCAGCCGUUCCACUCGCAAGCUUCGCAUUUUUCAGAAGGGAUCCCUCCCCCCUCAUGGGUCGUUGACUGCAGAACACCAGAGGGAAAGCAGUUAUGCGCCGUAAUUAGCGCAGCUCUGCUGGCUUCGCCUGGUGAUGUCGGAGCUUCUACCCAGCGGUUAAUUGAUGCUACGAAGAUUAUCGUGCGGCUUCGUGGAGACAAGGAGGAUCAUGCCUUUGUAAAUCUCAUCGGCUCUGUCAUAUCUGUUGCCCUGAAACGUCGCAUCAGGCAGGCCGAUUGGGCGGGCAUCUCAGACAUAGAGGAGCUUAUUGCUGAUGCGGAGAGUCUUCUGGAGUUAGCGGCCCCAGCAGCCGUUGCUUCAUUACGUAGCUAUGCAAAGACGACUUUCGAAGCCCAUGCCAGCAAUGCUGAACCCUUAGUGGAAUGGCUGUGCUCCCGGACACACAGCAAAGCUGCACUUUCAACAGGAACACCUGCCGCUGAUGGCGAGGGAGAAGAAGAACCGUCAGUUCAAGACACAACAGAGCGAGCUCGUCAGAUACACAGCCAAGGGAUGGAAGUGGAAGGGCGGCUUCGCGCUCGAAAGCUUGAGGAGCAUAUAGCUCCCCAAGAUGACUCAGUUAUCUGGAUAGCUAACUUAUCUUCGUUGCUUCUAGCAGCACCCCUGCACACUCUUUCCGCUUGGAGGCGCACGUCUACUUUGCCAGCCGUGCCCUCGGAUGCCUCUCCCCACCAGUGCUCGCACGGUCUCUUUGCUUUCGAUUGUAUUGAAGCUGACUUAGACAUAGAUUCAGAUCGCGUUCCUAACCCAGGAAAGGGGGAUGCGCCUCGUCUCCCAACUGAUUUGGCGAAUUGUCAGGAGCAGACACGAACAAAAUCGCCUUCCCGCAGCGGUGCUGUUUCGCCCUCGAAUGGAUCUCCAGCUUCCGUUUUCCGUGCUUCUGUCAGCCCGGAGAAGCGAAUCGAGCUAGUGGCAUCAGAAGCCGAGAGGCUUGCAGCUCCAGGCCAGUCAUCUGUUUGGCCUGCCCUUCUUCUUCUUUUCCAACGGGGGGCAACAGCAGCUUCCUUUGCGGUGGCCAGCAAUGCCCCCUUGCUAGCAUAUUCUAUUAUCGUGAACUUGGGCAAUGCCCUGCUGCUUGUCAAUCCAGAUGCUGCGUAUCUUGCCACUUAUCAAGAAGAUUUAACAGGUUCUAGCUCAGUGGAUGCCUUGUUUCCUCCUGAUGCUGUCUUUCUGGGCAAAGACCCUGCUGCAAUAAACACAAGAGAAAGCUCCAGAGGAGGAGACGGGCUUGCAGGCAACAAACAAGCACGACGGGGAGAUGCGAAAGCCACAGGACGCCAACGAGGCUCUGUAAUAUCUGGCGGGCUUAACAGUAGAGGCGGCAAGGCGCAACAGCCACUUGAUGCCAAGCCUCAGAUUUCUCUCUCUGUGGCAGCUGGGAUGAUCGCGCAGGCUUGUGUAGAUUUGCUUUUCCUGAUUUUACGGGAGCAUCUCCAUUUAGCUGACAAAGAUGAGCUAAGCGUCACCAACCUUGAAGAAAUGAUGAGACUGUAUGCUGUUCCCGAUGAGGGAUCCGCGGUAGUCUACUCAUCAAUGCUUGAGGCCACAGAAUGGUCUCCAGAGGAGGAGUCUUGCGAAACGCCGAACUCAGAGGCGGUAAACAGACAAGUUUUGUUAUGCCAGCGGGCAUUUGAUUUGAAAAGAGUGAACACGUGGCACCUCGGAGGAGUCUUUAUAUUUUGCGUUAGGGUCAUGCUUCAUCGAGGCCGGCUUCAUCAAGCUGUGGCGCUUUGCCGCCGCUUCAGUAGGCUUGGAAGAGGUCCACCAUUCCGGUGUGCUGUUAGCCUUGGCCUUUGGGCACAACAAAAGAUUAUUUCUGCAAAGAAGGAAGCUCUAAAAAAUGUUCUGGAACUUAUGGGAGAAGCGGCAAGGGAGCAGGAGCAUGCAAACGAGAAGCUUUUGGCUGCGAGGAUAGCAUCGCUAGAAAAGGAGCCCCAAGAGCCGUAG